AUGGCGCACCCUUCCCCGACCACUGCAUUGUUCCAUGACGACCCGCCCUUGUUCCCCGACCUCGCAGCUGGUGACCGACUGUUCACGGCGUCCAAGGUCUCGCUCUCGCAUCCGUCAUCCAUCUUAUCGUUCCACGCACGCCACGUUCCCUCCAUCUCCAUUGAAGCAUACCUGCUGCGCAUCCUCAAGUACUGCCCCACCACCAACGAAGUCUUCCUCGGCCUUCUCGUCUAUUUUGACCGCAUGAGCAAGCUAGGCACCCCGGCAGGUGUCGGCGGUACAAGUGCCGCUGUGGGACCCCGCGGGUUCGCCAUUGACUCUUACAACGUGCACCGCCUUAUCAUUGCUGGCGUCACAGUGGCAAGCAAGUUCUUUUCCGACGUCUUCUAUACCAAUUCGCGUUACGCCAAGGUUGGCGGACUCCCACCACACGAGUUGAACCAGCUUGAACUGCAGUUCCUGCUCCUCAACAACUUUACGCUCAUGAUCCCACCCGAGGAAAUGCAAAAGUACGGCGACCGCCUGCUGGCAUACUGGCAAGGCCGGGAACACGAGUCUGGGAUCGAGCCCGAGACCAAGUCGCGGCGCGAGCGCGAGCGCGGGGCCGCAGCAGCGCCGCCUGCUGCCGAUGCCGAUCUCAAGCAAAAGUCCACGCCGAUGCAGGUCGACCCCGCCGCCCCCACCCCGGCGUCAGGCUCGUCAGGCCCCGCCGCAACGGGAUCCGACGAGCAGCCGCCAGCCGCAUCGGCCACUGCGCCCCCGACCCCGUCGCCCGCUCCCCCCGUCCACCUCGCGCGCUCGGCAUCGCUCCCGCGCCGCCCACCGGCAGGUCAGGCCGGCACGCCGAUGGCCGAACACACCGACCGCACGCCCGCGGCCACCACGCCCGUCGCGCCCCGAGGACGUGAGCGGGACACGGGCGGUAGCGGUAACGGUAACGGCCUCACCUCGUCGGUCGCCAGCGCCGCAACCUCGCUCGCUACAGGGUUUGGCGGCUGGAGCCGUGGAGACGACGGGGCAGUGGGGGUGCGGCAGUGA